AAAACGAGGGCGAUUCAGCAUGGCUUACUAAACUGUCAUGGCCACCAUUCCCAGUGAGGAAGUUACUGCAUCAAGCAAUGCCCAGGAUGAAGUUGAAAUAUCGCCUAACUGGGCCUUACAUGGAUGGAACCUACUGAAACGAAAUGACAAAUACUCACCUUUGCCUGGAGAUCUUAAAGAUAAGAUUACAUAUAAGAUAAUUAGUGAUGCUAGAGAUUUGAUAUAUGAUAAAGGGUUGGUUCACAAAACACCUGUUAUAGAUGGAAGGUAUUUGCUUGGACCAGGAACAAAGAAUAUAAUGCAGCUGGUUAGAGGCUUUGAAAUGAAAUGUGAAAACAUGCAGUGUAGUGGCUCCUUUAAAAUGAGAGGUGCAUCCUACCAGUUCUCACAAAUUGAGGAUAUUUCUGAAGAAUGUUUGAUCACUAUAUCAGCUGGAAAUUAUGGAACAUCAUUCGCAACUCUAGCUAAAGAACUUGGUGUUGCUCAACAAGCGUAUGUUUACAUGCCAAAAACUGUACCACUUACAAGAAAACAGCGAAUUGAGGCAUUUGGUGUCAGUGUCAACUGUAAUUACCCUCAAGAAAGUUUAAUGGAUGGAAUUAGUGAAAAACAGAGGUUGUUAAGGAAGAGUGGAAUGAAUAGCAAUUUCUUGCACCCAUUUGAUGACAUCAAUGUGAUUAUAGGUCAUGGAAGUGCUGGCCUUGAGCUUUUGGAACAAGUCCCAGAUGCUGACAUUGUUCUAGUCUGUUGUGGAGGAGGUGGAUUUUUGGCUGGAGUAACAGCAGCAAUUAGGUUGUCUGGCAACAAGAAAACCAAGGUUUAUGGCGUUGAGCAUACCAUCUCAUGUACCAUGUUUGACAGCUUACAUAGCAACAAAAUUGCCCACAUGAUGGAAAACCCUUCAAAGACAAUCUGCCAUGGAAUUUCUGCUCCAUUCACAGGUCAAAUACCCUUCAAGAUUUUCCGAGCCCUUGGGGAUGGGGUUAUAAAGAUCACUGAAGAAGAAGCAUUAGGGGCAGUUAAGCUUCUCUACAAAGUGGGUUUGGUAGUGGAGCCCUCUGGUGCAGCAGCAGUUGCAGCAGUGCUGUCAAACAAAGUUCCUGACAUCGAAGGUAAGAAAGUUGUGGCUUUUAUCACAGGUGGAAAUGUGACCCCUGAAGAGCUCACUAAAUGUGGAGUGUAAAAUAGAUUUGGAACAUUGAAUAGCAGAACUGAUCUUAGGGAUUCUAAACAUGUGUGUUUCUAGUCUUUAGUCAUUUCAUUUGAUUUCCUUUUUAUCAUAUUCAGUCAAGCCUGUUAAAAUUCCACUUCUAAAAUUUAAUUGUCUAUGUAAAGCAACCUCCACCUCCAGUAAAAAUUCCUUCAAAAUCAAACCUCAACUUUCCUUCAUACUCUUUCUGUCUCAUCUAUGAUUAUAAUUAACUAAUUAAUUAGUUACGAUAAUUAAGGUUCCUGUAAAGCCACCUUGAUUUACAUUCACAUGACCAUUUUUUAUCAUUUGGUAAAUUUUUAUGUAAGUAAGGCAACCAACAAAUUCCAUACAUGUUAGACUAUUUUUACAGGUUUGGCUACAUUUUCUCAAAGCUGUGUAGGUCAUGAUUCUUAAUUGUAAUACAACUGGUUUCGUAUCAAAUAUGAAACUUUGAAGUAAUUCAUAAAAUUAGAAAUAAAGGGUAUUUUAUCAAAAAGAUAAUCAUAGAUGUUUUACAUUUUCUGGCAAUAUAUAAUUGGUAAUGGUAAUAGGGUUUUCGCAACAAUUUAUGAAAUUGAGUACUGGUGAUUUAUCAAUGAGAUUUUUCUUAAUGACAUAAUUUUCCUGAAAGUGAUGUCAGAAAGCACAACAUUAUCUAUUUGCAUUUUGUAUGCUGAUGUGAGACUGACAACUUGUUUUAAGAUAAGAAGUAGCUUAAAUAGCUUAAGUUGUCAGUAAGAAGUAGCUUAAAUAAAUUUUGCUACACAAUGAAGGCAAAAUACACGUUCCUCUAAUUAAAAAGGGCAGAUGUGUAUUAACUGGGCAACAGUCACUUUCUUAAGAUGCCGGAUAUGAUAGUAUUUGUUUUACCUGCAGGAUUUGCCAAGUGUAGUAUCCACCCCCCUCCCAAACUAAGUGUUUAGCCACAAAACAAUGCAUCAAUGUGUGUAUCAAUUCCAAAAUAUGAAAUGGAAUAUAUGGAAUAUAUGAAAAACUGCUUAUCCACAUCACUGCACAAUCAAAACUAGUUGUAUGCAAAUGGGUAAUAAUACUAAAGGGUAAAACACACAAAACUCACUAAACUUUGCACUUUAGGGGGAUUUAAUUGCUAAUGCUUUUAAUAUUUGGAAAUGCCCCCCCCCCAUGAAUACCCAUGCAAAGUUAAUUUGUUUGAAAGAGAUCUGAUAUUUGUUUGAAGCCAAAACUUAGCAAAGUAACUUCAAACAUGAUAUUAACUAGUUAUUUGACCAGGCAACACUGCCUCUUUGUUUCUAUGCAUGGGUAGUAGUGCUGGCAAUUGAUAUAAGAACAAUAACCUACAAAAAACAUGUUAGCCAGCAACCCAACAUCAUGAUUAAUAAGAAACAAAAUAUGUAUUGGGAUAACUGAUACAAAAAAUUUCAACAUUCUGAAUAUUUACCAACAAAACUCUUGGACUGCUUUGCUGCUGCUUGGAACACCAAAAUUAGUGU